CCCUUCAGACUGGGGCUGAGGAAGCACUCUGGAUCUGACCUCUCCUCCCGUUUUCCUCCCAGACGUCUCCAGUUUUCUCCCCCAGUUUUCCUCCCAGACGUCUCCCGUUUUCUCCCCCAGUUUUCCUCCCAGACGUCUCCGGUUUUCCUCCCAGACGUCUCCGGUUUUCCUCCCGGACGUCUCCGGCUCUCCUCUGUCCGGUUUUCCAGGCUUGUUUGAGGUCAUAGCGACAGGAUGGGUCAGGAGGAGCUGCCUGCAGGGAGGUUCCCAGUACUUUGAGGCAGACAGACUCAGACUUUCCAGGCACUCCAAGCAGCCCCCCCCCUGCCGUCUGUGAGGAUGAAGAGGGAGCACUGCACGCUGUGGCUCCUCCAGACUCUCCUGGUGCUCCUGCCCCCUGGGCUUCCUGCUCCCUGCCCCCGACCCUGCUCCUGCCCUCAUCCGGCUGAGCUGCACUGCACGUUCCGCUCCCUCCUCUCCGUCCCAGGCGCCGUGUCCCGGCAUGUGAAGCGCGUUAACUUGGGGUUUAACAGCAUCGGUCACAUAGGGGUCGGCUCCCUGUCUGGGCUGAAGAGGCUGGAGCUGCUCAUGGUCCACGGCAACAACAUCCACUCUCUGCCCGAUGGAGCCUUCAGGGACCUGGCAUCACUUCAGAUGCUGAAGAUGAGCUACAACAAGUUAAAGGAGAUUAACCGGCGCACGUUCCACGGCCUGUGGUCCUUGUCCAGGUUGCAUCUGGAUCACAACCAGCUGGAACUCAUCCAUCCGGACGCCUUCCAGGGACUCACCUCCUUACGCUUCCUGCAGCUGGAGGGAAACCACCUUCAACAGCUGCACGCCACCACCUUCAGCACCUUCGCCCUCAGGGACCAGUUCUACAUCUCCACGCUGCGACACCUCCACCUGUCUGACAACGGACUCACGUCUCUGCCCUCCCAGCUGCUGGGGACCAUGCCCCACCUCGAGAGCCUGUACCUCCAUGGUAACCUGUGGACCUGCGACUGUGGCAUGAGCUGGUUCCACGACUGGGAAAAAGAUUCACCAGGGGUUCUGAAAUGUAAAAAGGACCGAGACCUCCCAGGUGGCCAGCUGUGUCCUUCAUGCUCCUCUCCCAGACCGCUGAAGGACACUGACCUCCAUGCUGCUGCUCCCCUGGUCUGCAGCAGCCCUGUCAUCAGCCUCCUUCAUGGAACGUCACCUCCACCGGAGUCAGAGCGUCAGAUGCUGACCUCCAAGGACUUUAAGGACCCAAUAGGUAACAUAUCUAUGGGCCUCUCAGAUGAACAUGGGAACAAGUUAGAUCUGGAGUGCAGUGUAGAUGAGCUGCAAGAGCCGUCCAAGGUCAGCUGGGAGCAGGUCAGCAAGCUACAGCUACUGGCCAACGUCAGCCUCUCAGUGGAGCUGCAGUGCGCCGUGGACAGGAAGAAAUACGAGCAGCUGUGGAAAGCAAUCGCUUACUACAGCAACGUCCCCGCCCAUCUGAAACGGGGCCCCGCCCUGACCAAAGAGCCUGAGCUGACCUAUGCGUACGAGCAGGAUUCUGAGCUGGAUGCCGGGUACUACACAGGGCUAAAAGUCCAAAUGUGGGCACGGCCCGCAUGGCUGAUGCAGCCGUCUGUGGAGCUACAGCUGAACCGUGCUGAGUCAUCAAUCAGAACGGUGAUCCUCGCUCUCAGGACCACCCUCUCAGAAUUGGUGGAAACGGAGCAGCAGCAGAGACUGGGCAGGACCUGGGUUAUGAUCGAUUCCACAAACAGGACACGUAAAGUUAUGAGUGCAAUCCUUGGAAGUCCCAGUGAAAUGUUCUGUAACGUUCGGAGCUCCGACCCGGCGGAAGUCCGGUGGACGCUGCCAGAUGGCUCAGAACUGGCCAGCCCUUACAGCGGUCCUGGAAACAGAGUCUCCGUCUCCAGAGAUGGACGGCUGAGAAUCACAGCUGUUACCCACAGUGACACCGGAACUUUCUACUGCAUGGCCAAGGUUCCUGGAGAUGUCGCCGUGCUUUCCUUCUACCUGUCCGUCCAGGAGUCCUCCAGUCCCCCACCAGGAGACGACACCUCCGCCGUUUCAAUGGAGGAGUUUGCGGGAAACCCCAUUUCUAUGGACUGCCCCGCAUCCAGCUCCCCGGAUGCUGAGAUAAACUGGAUUCUUCCAAGCAGCCAAAUAGUUCACUCCCAAGACAAUUCCUCCAAAGCCUUGGUGCAUUUUAAUGGUUCUCUUCAUAUCUCCAAGACUCAGGUAUCAGACAGCGGGUACUACAAAUGCGUAGCUAUAAAUCAGCAUGGCGCAGACACUAUGGUGAAAAAGGUCAGUAUUGUCAGACGCAGCGGCCUGAUCAGACCUUUACGCAGGUUUCCAGUGAGACCACAGUCGGCCUCAGGAGUUAGCACACAGGUCAAAAUCCCCACGGAGAACGCAGAGGAAGCAUCGGGCGACGUUGAUGCGUCUACGAUACGCCACCACAUCAGUGGAGUCAGGAGGAGAAUCCCAGGGAAUCUAGCCCCAGGGAGAAAGGGGAUUCAUCCUUCCAGAAGCACCUGGCAAAGGCGGACGAUGCUACGGGGGUCGCACACUGAAAACCAGAAUGGUUCAGCUGAAAACAGGAGGAGGAAUCAUCUGUCCAAAAGCAAAAUCGACCCAAAGAAAUGGGCGCACAUCCUGGCUAAGGCCAGGGAGCGGGAUGCUGUGAGCCCACUUCCUGCUUCCUAUCCAACAAAGAUUGAAAAAGCCCUGACGACCGAGUCAUUGAAAACUCCUGACAAGUCGUCAGAUGGCGUGACUGUACAUGGUAGCAAGGAUCAGCAAUACCUCCCCGAACAGUCCACAGAACCACAAAUCAAGGAAUUCCCCACUCAUGGGGAGGAUGAUCAUGUGACAACUGAACCUUACAGUGAGCGUGGCGCCGCUAAUAACAGCAGACACCUCACUACAGCACCCCAUCCCACAGAGAGAGCUUACACUGCACAGCGCACGACCCAACACACAGAGCCAAACCUAGUCACGAGUUCAGAUAGUGGGUUCUCACUCCCCCAGACCACAUCUGUUCCCCCGCACGGCAUCACAAUCAGCCAGCCCAGCGCGCGCACAGCCAGCGGCAGCACGGUCCAAACAGCUGAUCCCUCUGAGGGAAGGCAGAGCGGGGCCGAGCCGGAUGAUGUCAUCAGCUCCAUAAAUCACAGAUUCUCAUUGGAAAGUCAGACGAAUUCUGUAAAGAGAGAGGGAAGUGGACACUAUCUGGGGGAGACAUCAACUCUGUCACAGUUUGAACCCAAGGACGCCACAGAGUCACGUUCUGAAGUCGAACCAUCGAAGUCACCUUCAACGGCUCCUAAGCCUCCCAGUAGAAGAAAGUCGGAGUCUAACAGGCGGCCAGUCGGCUCCAAAAGACGAAACGGCGGCCGGAGAAAAAGGCCAAACAGGAAGAAAGAAAAGCUGGACGCCUCCAAUACCAUCAGACCUGCAGCCAAGGCCUCGAUUUCUGAGCUAAACACAGAACAGCCCCGAGUUACAGUCGGUUCAAGCAGCGCCGUUCCAUCCACAGGGAGCCAAGCUGCGUCAUCAAGCAGACUGAGUCAUAAAGAAAGCUCAGUCCUCAGGCAGAACCACAAGGCGCUCACAGAGACUUUCCCACUCCCAGAGACAAAGGACGGCCGUCUACUCCUGCCAAGAGUGUCAUGGCAGAGCUCUACAGCCGCACCGUCACUUCCAGCUUUGACUCAUGGAAACAGCAUGCUGGGGACUGCAGAGGUCUUCACAUCAGCUCUGCUGAGGUCUGCAGACUUUUUAGAGGACAGCUAUGAAACCAGCUUUACAACAGAACCAGCACCUCUGCUGCACUACGACCGUCUCACUGGCCGUUACGACUCUUUGACAGAAUCGCAAAGGGUCCAUCAGGCAACUGGGAUGGAAACCUCAACGCAGCCUUACCAGUUUACCUCAACUGCUUCAUCCACGGCGGGUGGUCAGAAGGCAGCUUCCAGGGAAACUUCCAGAGGAAUACUGUCAACUUCCAGGAGGCUUCCCAAGCAUCGGAACCACAGCUCUGGUCAGAAGGAGGUAACCAAGACGGAUUUAACGCCCAGAGAAAACCAGCAGACGUCUCUGAAUGCUUGGACAGACGUUAUGAGAAGCUUGGAAACAGCUGUAGCUUCCAUUACCUCAACACUGCCUCCACAUGUUUUACUUCCUCACUCACAUCGUCAAUCUACCUUCCAAGACACAACAAUCGCAGGAAGAGACGUCAUCACCUUGAACUUCCAUCCUACAACCUUCCCAACCAAUCACAAGCCGUCUAACACCAGUCCAGCCAUUCAAGUGUUGACAUCUAUCCCUCCACCCACCGUGGUCUCACCUACGCCAUUUCAGAGGACACCAGUUCGUCCGCAGGGGUCCACACAGGAGAAGCGGACACCUGUUCGUCCGCAGGUGACCACACAGGAGGAGGGGACACCUGUUCAUCCGCAGGGGUCCAAAAAGGAGGAUAGGACACUUGUGUCCACACAGGAGAAGGGGACAGCUGUUUAUCCGCAGGUGACCUCACAGGAGAGGCGGACACCUGUUCGUCCGCAGGUGACCUUACAGGAGGAGGGGACACCUGUUCAUCCGCAGGGGUCCAAAAAGGAGGAUAGGACACUUGUGUCCACACAGGAGAAGGGGACAGCUGUUUACCCGCAGGAGGAGGGGACACCUGUUCGUCCGCAGGUGACCUUACAGGAGGAGGGGACACCUGUUCGUCCGCAGGUGACCUCACAGGAGGAGCGGACACCUGUUCAUCCGCAGGUGUCCACACAGGAGGAGGGGACACCUGUUGGUCCGCAGAUGACCUCACAGGAGGAGGGGACACCUUUUCGUCCACAGGUGUCCACACAGGAGGAGCAGACACCGGUUCGUCCGCAGGCGACCACACAGGAGGAGAGGACACUUGUGUCCACACAUGAGGAGGGGACACCUGUUCAUCCGCAGGGGUCCACACAGGAAGAGGGGACACCUGUUAGUCCGCAGAUGACCAUACAGGAGGAGCGGACACCUGUUCGUCCACAGGGGUCCACACAGGAGGAGCGGACACCUGUUCGUCCCCAGGCGACCCCACAGGAGGAGGGGACCCCUGUUCAUCCGCAGGUGUCCACACAGGAAGAGGGGACACCUGUUCGUCCGCAGGGGUCCACACAGGAGGAUGGGACACCUGUUCGUCCGCAGGGGUCCACACAGGAGGAUGGGACACCUGUUCGUCCGAAGAUGACCAUACAGGAGGAGCGGACACCUGUUCGUCCCCAGGGGUCCACACAGGAGGAUGGGACACCUGUUCGUCCGCAGAUGACCACACAGGAGGAGGGGACACUGAUUCGUCCGCAAAUGACCACACAGGAGGAGCGGACACCUGUUCGUCCCCAGGGGUCGACACAGGAGGAGGGGACACCUGUUCGUCCGCAGGUGUCCACAAAGGAGGAGCGGACCCCUGCUCCUCCACAGAUGACCACACAGGAGGAGGGGACACCUGUUCGUCCGCAUGUGUCCACACAGGAGGAGCGGACACCUGUUCGUCCGCAGGUCACCACACAUGAGGAUAGGACACUUGUGUCCACACAGGAGAAGGAGACACCUGUUCAUCCGCAGGUGACCUCACAGGAGGAGGGGACACCUGUUCGUCCGCAUGUGUCCACACAGGAGGAGCGGACACCUGUUCGUCCGCAGAUGACCAUACAGGAGGAGCGGACACCUGUUCAUCCGCAGGUGUCCACACAGGAGGAGGGGACACCUGUUCAUCAGCGGAUGUCCACACAGGAUGAGCGGACACUUGGCCACACAUCCAAUCAGAGGGGAAAGCCGAGGAUAACAACGGAUCGUUCCCAGACGAUCACCGUGCGAACAGGAGCAGAUGCUCAGCUUCCAUGUGAUACCGAAGGCCAACCGAUGCCUUUCCUGUCCUGGACCAAGGCUUCCAGCGGAGUGAGUAUCGCCAAAAACAUGAGGUGGCAGCGGUUGGAGGUACACCAUAACGGAACCCUCAUCAUCAGAAACUCCCAGGAAACUGAUGCAGGUCGGUACCUGUGCACAGUUCAGAACCAGUACGGUACGGACACCAUGACCACCACCCUUCUUGUCUCUCAUCAACCUCCACUGAGAGACAUCCACGUGUACGAAGGAGGGAAGGCUGAACUGGAGUGCAAAGUCGCAGGAGAUCCUCGUGUGUCGUGGAUCCUCCCGAACUCGGUCCAGAUGACUGCGACCUCAGCGGCCGCGCCUUCCCCUCCGCAGCGCGUGGCCGUAGAUGAGAUGGGAACUCUUCUCAUAAGCAGCGCCCAUUUAAUGGACGCAGGGAUCUACAGAUGCAGUGUGCCUGGAGGUAACGGCAUGCAGGUACGUCUUCGUGUAUCAGCGGUUCCUGCACUGAUUGAGCAGGAGAAAGACCAAACAGUUGUUGUUCCAGAGGGCGGCGCUGCCUUCAUCCACUGCGCUGCCUCAACUGCCACUCGGCCAAUCAUUCGCUGGAUCGCGCCGGGCGGCAUGCAGCUCCCUGCUCCCCAUCCACCCAACGGAGGGAACUUUAUCGUCUUUCCAAACGGAACUCUUCACAUAAAGAGAUUAGCCUCUAAGGACUCUGGGAGAUACAUCUGCACAGCCGGUAAUGCAGCCGCAUCCAGCAGCAGAGCAGUGAUCUUAAGAGUCAUAAGUAAACCGUCUUCUGCUAAAGCCACGAUAACAGCCUCCUCUCCAAAGACGACGGAUGUGACCUACGGGAGUCCGCUGCUUCUGAACUGUGUGGCGGCAGGGGAACCAGAGCCUCGGAUCAUCUGGAGGACGCCCUCUAAAAAGCUGGUAGAUCAUCAGUUCAGCUUUGACUCCAGGAUCAAGGUGUUCCUGAACGGCAGCCUUAGCAUCCAUUCAGUGACUGACAAGGACCGAGGCGACUACCUGUGCGUCGCCCGCAACAAGAUGGGCGAUGACUACAUUCAGCUCAGGGUCAACGUCUUGACCAAACCUGCCAAGAUUGAGCAGAAGAUGCAGAAGUCGAGUCAGGAGGUUAUUCGAGGCCAAGAUCUGAAGGUGGACUGCGUGGCGUCUGGCCUCCCCAGCCCUGAGAUCAGCUGGGCUCUACCCGAUGGGACCAUGGUCAACCCCGUCAAGCAGAGAGCAAGGGUCGGUGGGGGGCGCAGUCGCAGGUAUGUGGUGUUCGACAACGGGACGCUGUACUUUAAUGAAGUCGGACUGCCAGAGGAAGGGGAUUACAUCUGCUAUGCACAGAACCAACUCGGCAAAGACGAGAUGAAGGUGCGAGUCAGGGUGAAAGGUGGAACCACACGACCCCAAAUCCAGGAUAAAGGUCCAAAGACCGUCCAAGUUCUUCACGGCAAGACAGUAACACUCCAGUGCAAGGCCAUUGGCGACCCGGUACCAGUCGUCACCUGGAUGUCCCCUAAGAACAGACUCAUAUCCCCCGACUCGAACAAAUACCAGGUUCUUCAAGACGGGUCACUAGUUGUUCAAAAGGUUCAGGGACCCGAUGGAGGUAAUUACACGUGUUUGGCUAGAAGCAGCGUCGGACAAGACGAUAAAGUUACCCGAGUGGAGGUUUUGCCAACUCCUCCAGUUAUCAAUGGCUUAAGAGGAGAUUCCGACACUAUGGAGGUGACCGCGGUUCAGGGUGAGAGAACGCUGGUGGACUGUGCCACAAAGGGAGCCCCUUCCCCUCAGGUCAUGUGGAUUCUGCCAGGAAAUGUCAUCCUUCCUGCGCCGUACUACAGCAAUCACAGGACCGUUCAUCCGAACGGUACUUUAGAAAUACGAUCCACCCAGAGGACAGACUCAGGACAGAUGGUCUGUGUGGCUCGUAAUGAAGGAGGGGAGGUCCGAAUGCUGGUCCAUUUGGAAGUAAAGGAAACGGUCAGGGGGGCCAAGAUUGAAGCCCCCGAGAAAGAAAGCUUUGCACUGAGAGUGGGGAACUCCGUCACCCUCAACUGUACCAUCGAUGGCUUGGAGUUAACUCAUCUGACGUGGAUCUUACCUGAUGGCACUCCUCUGCACACCGGUGCUCGGAUUUCUAAGUUUUUCCACCGGCUUGAUGGCUCUCUGGUUAUUAGCAACCCGUCCGUCGCUGAGGCUGGAGUUUACCGCUGCAUGGGUCAUAAUCCUGCUGGGCUCUUUGAGAGUACCAUCACUCUGUCCCCAGGGAGAAAGCCUCAGAUCCUGAACAGAUACAUCUCUCCUGUCAGCGUCCUAGAUGGGGAGACCCUUUUCCUUCACUGUCAAACCACUGGGGAGCCGCUCAGACUGACAUGGACCCUACCCAGCGGGGUCGUUCUUAACAGGCUGCAAAACGCUGGAAGGUAUUCUAUUCUGCAAAACGGCACCAUUGCCAUUCGCCAAGCUUCCAUUUACGACCGAGGGGCCUAUGUUUGUAGAGCUGCUAAUGAAUACGGAAGCUCUUUGCUUUCGGUCUUAGUAAAAAUAGUCGCUAACCAACCCAGAAUUACCCGGGGGCCGCCCUCUGUGACCUACGCCAAACACGGAGUUGCCGUUCAGCUGAACUGUGCCACCGCCGGGACCCCCGCAGCAGAGGUGUCUUGGGAGACGCCUGAUAAGGUGCGGAUGGUCGUGAGCGCACAGCCCCGACUUUUCGGAAACAAGUAUCUCCACCCGCAAGGUUCCCUCAUCAUCCAGAAUCCAACCCAACGAGAUUCUGGAGUUUACCGCUGCACGGCCAGGAACGCUGCCGGCGUGGACUCCAAGACCACAUUUCUGAAUGUAUUCUAACCUGAGGCCGUGGCCAAACCGUACGCCCAAGCAACUGCCGGAGACAACGCCAGAGUGGCGGUAAAAAAGCACCAAAUCACCCACCAUGGGUUUCACCUGUAACAGUGCUUCACCCAUGGCCAACUUUGAGGCCUAACGCCAACCGUGUGAGCUCCCUACUUGACUCAUGACAGAGCUUUGUGUAAAUACAUAACUGCUCAGGUAAUUUGGAUACAGAAACUCUUCCUAGAUGUCUUCAUCAGACCUGUUCCCUAUUUAACUGUCCUAAUUCUGUCACUUACUAUUGGAGAUGGAAAUAAAUUAUUAAGGAGAAAACAUGUUUCUAAGUGUCGGUGUGUGAAAUAAUUUCAAGAGAAAUGAGGCUGCAGUAGGAUUUCCGCAGAUCUUAUGUGGACUGUGAGGGAAUAUAGAGAGAUGGAAGGUUUAAGGGAAUACCUCGUCAUUUUCUGUCAUGGUGGUUUCUCUCUGGGCUUCAAGGCCAUGAUAGACACGUUCAUUGCAGGUCAGAAACAAGUCAGCAGUACAUGAAAAAGAGUCUGCUUAUUUUCCAAAACAUAAUCCCAUUGAACCAAAGGAGCCAAGUGAAGAGUUCCAGUCAAAGGGUUGGCAACAGCAGUAGGUCCGCCAUGAAAAAGGGACUUUUCGUCCAGCAGCUUUGUUCUCAGCUGUUAGCUGAUGCUACAUUUGAUUGGUUUCAGGACUUUAAAAGAGCCACUUAAAUAAAGACUGAAAUCUAAAGGAUGAGGUGCAGCAAUGAAGUCAGGGAGAAGAA